UCAUCCCCUCCAAGCUAGCUCCUUCAAUUCCUCUCUCUCUCUCUCUACCUCUCUCUACCUAUCUAUCUAUUGACAAUUAGCUGAAGCAAGUUGUAUACAUAAAAAUGGGAAGAGCUCCUUGCUGUGAUAAGAAUGGGUUGAAAAAAGGACCAUGGACGCCAGAGGAGGAUCAAAAGCUCAUCAAUUACAUACAGAAGAAUGGCCAUGGAAGCUGGAGAACCCUCCCAAAAAACGCUGGGCUCUCAAGAUGCGGUAAGAGUUGCAGACUCCGGUGGACAAACUACCUCCGCCCCGACAUCAAGAGGGGAAGAUUUUCCUUUGAAGAAGAAGAAACAAUCAUCCAAUUACAUAGUAUCUUAGGAAACAAGUGGUCCGCCAUAGCUGCACAGCUCCCAGGAAGAACCGAUAACGAGAUCAAAAACUACUGGAACACACAUAUCAGAAAGAGGCUUCUUCGAAUGGGGAUUGACCCCGUGACACAUUUCCCCCGGUUAGAUCUCUUAGAUCUAUCCUCGCUCCUCAACCCAAUGCUCUACAACCCAGGGCAAACGGAUUUGUCAAGGCUGCUUGGCAUCGAGCCUCUCGUGAACUCCGAACUUCUGAGGUUCGCCUCAAAUCUCCUGCAGUCUCAGUGCCAAAAUACAAAUCUUGUCCAAGUCCAAGAACAGCAGGGGCCUAAUCUCUCAACAAGCCAGCAUGAUCUCAUUUCAUCCUACAACCAGCUUCAAAAUCUGGUUCAAUCAAACUCCCAAAAUGUUGAUUUGGACAGUUCAGAACAGUUCAGAUGGCAAAGUAAUAGAGCUAACGUUUGCAACUUGGGCGACAAUUUUAUGCCGGCGGCGACUGAUAAUAAUGUUAGCUAUAACGAUAACAUGGGACAGUUCAUGGUACCAAACUUCGUACAAGAAGAUGGUCAGGCAUUCGACUUCCAAAUUCCUUACAACAUGACUCACGACUCUGUUUUAUCAACUCCAUCGUCGAGCCCAACAUUGAACAACUCUAAUUGUUCCACUUAUCUCAACAGCAGUACAGAGCAUGAUCAGGAUAGCUAUAGCAGCGCUAACUUGUUUAACUUCGAGAUUCCUGACUUGCUAGAUGUAAGUGAUUUCAUGUAAAUUGAUCAUCGAGAAAGGAAUUAAGGAGAGGGAAUUAGAUCUGGCUUAGGAAUAUUUCAUAAGAAGAGAAAGUGAGCUCAUUUUGUAAUUAUUAGAUGUGUUGCUAGCGAUGUUACAUGUAAAUUACACACAAGCCAACAUAUUUUCAAUACAUUUCUCACAGAAAGGUUGAUGGUUAGAGAAGCAAAAUAUGCGAGGCGAUAGCGGGCUAAUAUUUUAUACUUACUGUGUUGAAAACCCGUUGGCUUAGGUGUAAAAAUCACUUUUUUUAAUGUGAAAAUCAAAGCAACAGCAAGAAUUGAGCACACAGUUUUCUUUAUGUUCACA